UGACCCGGGUUCGAUCCCCGGCAGCGGCGUUUUUUUUUUUUUUUUUCAUAUACCCAAAGCAAAACGAUCGAUUCUUCCUCCUCCGAACCCCUUUUCCUUUUUUUAGGGUUUUCAUUUUUGAAUAUUCGUAUCUUCAUAAAAUGAAUCCAUCAAUCUUGUGGAAAGGGAUAAUGAACGUUGGAGCUUGUUCAAUGUCACGCUUCCAAUUUCCCAUUCGCCACUUCACUAAACCCUUAAUCUCUUGCAAUAUGUCUUUGUUAUCCGUUCCAAAUUCCUCAGCUUCAUCCAUAUCCACCACCAUUGACUCCACAAAACCCAAGCAGAAUGAACCUUGGUUAAUUGUUGGCCUCGGUAAUCCCGGCAAAAAAUUCAAUGGUACACGUCACAAUGUGGGUUUUGAGAUGGUUGAUGCUAUAGCUGAAGCUGAAGGGAUAUCUAUGAGCAGUGUUUCUUUCAAAGCUCUAUUUGGAAAAGGCUACAUAGGCGAUGUACCAGUUAUACUUGCAAAGCCGCAGACUUUUAUGAAUUUAAGUGGUGAAUCUGUUGGAGCCAUAGUUUCAUAUUACAAGAUUCCAUUGAAGCAAGUACUUGUGAUAUUUGACGACUUAGAUUUGCCUUUUGCCAAAUUACGGCUUCUACCAAAGGGUGGACAUGGAGGUCACAAUGGAAUGAAGAGCGUUAUUAAUCACUUGAAAGGGAAUUCUGGCUUUCCUCGCUUAAGAAUUGGCAUUGGACGACCUCCUGGGAAGAUGGAUCCUGUGGCAUUUGUUCUUCGACCUUUCACUAAACAGGAAAAGGAAGAGCUGAAUUUUACCUUACAAGAUGGAUUAGAAGCCGUGCGGAUUAUUUUGUUGGAUGGAUUUGAUAAAGGUGCAACAUUUGUUAAUAGUGCCAAAAAGAUGGAGCAAACAGGCUGAGGAAUUGCACACAUUGAACAUCCUUUUGAUAAUUAUAUAUAAACAGGAUCGUUUUGCAAGGAGACAAAAGUUAACUUUAAGCUGCAAACUCGUUCAAGCCUCCAUUCAAUCAAAAGACAUGUGUUUGGAGGAAGUAAUAUUAUUCAUCCAUUCUUUCAGAAAGCAGUUCAGGUUUCAGUACAGUGAAUUCGAACCUUAUACAUAUGGUUGUGUUUCGUUAGUUGAGUGAUUACCGUGCAGUGAAUUGUAACAUGAUAGUUAUGAAAUUAUUAGUUCUGGUUUUGUUGAGGUAUUCA